AGAAGUGUAUUAUUCAAUAUCACUCAGUGUUCCGCCAAGAAGAUAAACACAGCCAUAAAUAUAAAAAGACAGAUGGAAAAAAAAGGAGUGAAACCUCUUUCUAUUGUAUUCAUACGUCUGUUUAAUGAAGCUAUCUACCAUCACACUUGCUUUGCUUACUGCAGCAAGCCAAUUGACUAUUGGAUCAGCUCAAGAAACGUUUGAUCUGGCAGCUAACUUCCGUGAACCAAAGAAUGUUCUAUUUGCUUGUAGCAUGGGUGGAUCGUCUCAUGUCGUUUGGGUAUUAGAGAUCCUCGAAGAACUAGCUGCUAGAGGUCAUCACACUAUCUUUUACACAAGAGUAAGUACACAAAGAUGAUAACAACUUCACAUACUGAUGGCUUUUAUAGGAAGAUCAAGCAA